AUGCAGCAAAAAAUAGUUAUCAAGGUGCUAAUGACCUGUGACAAAUGCAGAACCAAGGCCAUGAAGAUUGCCGCAAAAACAUCUGGUGUGAACUCGGUGGCAAUAGAAGGUUCUGAUAAAGAUCAGUUGGUGGUGAUUGGCGAAGGUGUCGACACGCCUAACUUGACCCGCUCGCUAAGGAAGAAGCUGUGCUAUGCGGAAAUAUUGAAGGUGGAAGAAGUGAAGCCAAAAGAAGAAGAGAAAAAGCCGCCGUUAUGUCCGAAGUUGACCCUCUGCCAUCAAUAUCCACCAUUUCCUAUGUACUGUGAGCCCAUGUACUGUGAACCCCUCCGCUGUGCCUCUUCAAGUGACGGUGGCUGCUUUAUCAUGUGAUCCAUAUUUUCUGAUUAUUUGCACCCCCGAUUUAUGAGGUCUGAUCCAUUUUUCCUCUUUGCCUCUCUCGAUCAAGUUUAGUGUAAUAACGACGUGCAUGUCACAGAUUAUUAUUGUUAUUUUUUUGUUCUCUUGGCCAAUAUUGGCUGGAAUAA